CGUAUAUAUUGUUGUUGUUUUUAUGAUGGAGACGUCACAAGACGUAUACUCUGAAAUAUUAUAUUCAACAGUCAAGUUUCGAGUGACGGGAACCCAGUUAAUUUUCUACGCGGUAAUAUUUUUGGUUUUAGUGCUGUUGAUUAAAAUAAAAUUGAACACCAUACGAUAUGAAAAAUUCGCUGCGAAAAUAUCAGGCCCUCCAGCCUACCCAAUUAUCGGUUCACUGCUUGAAUUUAUCCGCACGCCAAAAGGUAAGCCGAAUAAAUAACAUUUAGUACAGGUACUGUAAAGAAUGUAAAUAUAUUGUGUAUAAUAUAGCGUACGUGUUUUUUCUUUUUUUGGGAUUUUAGAGCUCACCAAACAUUUAACAGAAAUAUGUGAAACGUACGGUCCGGAACCGUUUAAAAUAUGGUUCGGUUGUUCUCUAGCCGUCAUCCUUACAAAGCCAGAAGAUAUUCAAGUAUUAAUUAUUAUAAUAGUUUAACAUGUUAUUUAAUUUAUCGAUAUGAACAAUAAUAUUUAAAUCAAUUACCAAUACGAUUUUAUGAUAAUUAAUAUUAUUCUUGCUACUAUACUCACACAUUGAUUUGAUAUUAUAAUAUUGUAUCAGAUUCAUUAAAAUCGAACAAAAUGAUUACAAAUACGAAUAUUAGAUUUAAUGAGAAUAAUUGUUGCAUUCGUUACAGGCCAUUUUAACCAGUCCCAACGCCCUGGAAAAAGCUUAUAUGUACAAGUGUUUAAAGGUCGGUGUAGGCGAAGGAUUGGUCACGGCUCCAGGUUAAUAUUAAGAUUUGCUUCGAGAUUCAGUGUAGUUUAAACAUUUUUAAAAAAAAUUUACAAAUUAUUUAGAAGUAUUUUUUUUAUUAUUAUUAUAAAAUAAUUAUAGUGGAGAAAUGGAAAAAACAACGCCGUAUGUUAACCCCCGCGUUUUGCUCGGACAAUAUGAAGAAAUUGUUUUUCCCGACUGUUAAGGAGAAAACCGACAUACUUAUAAAAAACCUGAAUAAAGAAGUGGGUAACACACAACCUUUCAAUAUGUUGGAAUACAUAUCCGACGCAGUGUUCAGUACACUUACCCGUAAUUAUAUUAUAUUUAAGUAAUUAAAUGAGUAUUUUAUAAGCCAUUUCAAAAAAUUUUUUUUUUACAUAGAAACAACGAUAGGUUUCAAUCUUGAUGUCGUAUCGAAACAGGGAACCGAUCUGAAACAAUCCGUACUAAAGUAUUUUUUGCUAUAUUUUGACUUAUAAAAUUAAUAGAACUAUACUAUCAAUUAUAAAUUACGAGUGUAAUAAUAUUUAGAGCGAUGCAAUUGGUUGCCGUGAGGGCUUAUUCACCGUGGUUAUAUCCCGAGAUCAUUUAUUCAAUUUACUGUAAAUUUACUGGGUACGAGAGUGUCUUCAAACAACUUCACACACUUCCAGUCUACGUACCUAUAUCAGAAACUACGAAAUGAGGUACAAACUAAAUUAAGGUAUAUUUUUCAAAUGUUUAUAGAUGAUUAGAAAAGCAAAAGAACAGAGAAAAAUGGGAGAUAAACCAGUUAUUGUCAACGAUGAUAAUGAUAGCGUCGAAAACAAAAGUGAGUAAGACUGAUAAUUGAUUAUUAUUACCUAAUAUAAACGAUUUGUUAUUGGUUAGAAAAACGUUUAAAAGUAUUCUUGGAUAUAUUAUUGGAACUAAGAGAGGCUGGCGAAAAUUUAACUGACGAAGAUAUUAAGUAUCAGCUCGCUACUAUUUUAAGCACCGUGAGUACGAUAAAUUAUUAUUUCGAUAACAUUAAAACUGUAUGAAUUUGCCAUAAUUUAUUUAAUAUUAUACGUUUAGGGUUAUGAAUCUACUACGAUUACAGUCAGUUUUUGUCUUUUAUUGUUAGCCAUGCAUCAAGAUAUUCAAGUCAGUAUUACAAUAUUAUUACACGCAUACAUUUAAUGCAAUAAAUCACGAAAAGGUAUUUUUAAUUGCCUUUAUUAUAACGGCGAUUAUACUGGCUAUUAGAAAAUUAUCUUAUAUUACAAUUACCCACUAUAAUAAAUCGACUUAAAAGAUCCGUCGAUGAUCUUUUCACACGUACCUGUUUGCGCCAAUAAAUCUGUGUUCCAUGCAAGUGGCAAUAAACUAACGUGAUGUUAGAAAUCAAUAAAAAUGGUAUUUACUAUAAUAUAUUAUGUCGGCUCUAUGUCUGCAGUUGAAAAAAAAUAGUCGUGAACCAUAAAAUAUUCUAUUAUUUUUCUUCUUCUUUAGCUUAAAGAUCCUUGUAUAACCUAAGCUGCUACAAGCAGUCCUCUAUACCAUCCCCAAUAUAGAAUAUUAGUUUAACUGACAACUUUCUGUCCACCGACCAUGUGUCCUAGUAAACUAGCUAUAUUAUAUGUUACAUAUCUUUUGUCGUAGACUAUGUUUCGCACCCAUAAGUAACUGUUGGUCUAAGAUAACUUGUAUAAAAUAAAGUUGUUGAACUUCUUAAGAAUAAUUUUGCUUCGUAAUAACUUACUAAUGUUAUAAUAGCACCUUUUUCCGCUUGCUAGGCUUUCGCUUAUUUAUCCUAUUAUUAUCGUUGUCAAUUAAUUUCAGGAUAAAGUUUAUGAUGAGAUUUAUAGCGUAUUCGGAGACAGUGAUGAAGAAUGCACUAUUGACAACAUCAAUAAACUUGUUUAUUUGAAACAAGUUUUCAGAGAAACACUUAGAUUGUUCCCUCCCGCACCGGUUAUCCUCAGAGAACUUCAAAGCGACGUACAAAUUUGUAAUUAAAUACUUAUUAAAAUCGGUUUAUGUACGUAACAAUAUUACCUAAAUUUAUAUUUUAUAGUUUCCGGUAACUACAUGAUACCGAAAGGGACGACGUGUAUUAUUGCUCCGAUGAAUACGCAUCAUCGUCCGGAAUUGUACCCGAACCAUCGGUCUUUCAAUCCGGAUAACUUUAGCCCAGAAAAUAUCGCUAAACGCCAUAAAUAUAGUUUUAUUCCUUUUAGCGGAGGUCCCAGGGGCUGUAUAGGUAAUAAUGAAAAUCUUAAAAUCUUAAUAAUAAUGAUUUACCUAAUACAUAAAACAUAUUCGAUUGCAGGGGAGAAAUAUGCUACAAUGAACAUGACCGUCAUUCUAGCUACCGUCGUACGAAAUUUCAGUUUACACACGGACAUGAAACUAAGUGAUGUUAAAUUGAAGAUAGAUUUAGCCGCACGUAGUGCCCAGGGCUAUCCCGUGACUAUUCGACCACGAAACCGAAGGAAAACAACUUGACGAAAUUGUUAUUAUAUUGGAUAAAGAGGGAUUGUAUAAUUGUAUUAAAUUAAGUGUCCGUAUAAAAAUUACGAAUACAUUUGAAUGUAGUAACAAUUACAUACGGUUCGAAACGCAUAAAAUUUAGAUGUGGAUGAUUUUGUCUGUUUGUCAUAUUUAAACACUUUAUUUUAGUAAUGCGAUUAUAAUCGUAUACAAAUAUUGUACCUAUACCUAUAGAUUAUACUAAAAUGUACCAAAUACUUUUCAUCUAAUUCACCUAUUAAAUAAUGCGUGAUGGUUAUACAUUUAAAAGACAUAAUAAUAGAUACAAAGUAAUAAAGUGCACAAUGG